UUCCAGUCUUAGGCUCGGCGUGGGAGCGAUGCCUGCAGGGUAGCCCGGGAAGGGUUCGUCGAGGCCUCUUGGGUGUCUCGUCGACGGGGCCAUGGGGGUCCUCUGGGCUGGGCCAGGGGCGGUCGGCACUGGAGUAGGCGGGCGCCUGGUGGCCCAGCUGUGGGAGUUUUCGGCUGACGUCCGGUGGGGAAUUAUCCGAGGAGCCCUAACUUGUAUAAAAGCAGAGUCCAUUUAAAGUUGGGCUGGAUAGCCUCUCUCUCAUUGGUUAGGGGGCUUGGAAAAAAGAGACUCGGCGAGCCCUCGCUGUGGUGCUGCCGCCGCCGCCGCCGCCGCCGCCGCUGGAGUUGACUCUUCUGCUCGCACUGCUGCUGCAGCACAAACGUGACUUCCAACAUUUUUUAUUUAUCUUUCCCUUUUCUUUUCCAAGAUGUAACUACAGCUCAGACACUAAGGACCUUCACGUUUCGCUGAUGUAGUUUUUGGAGGAAAAAGGGGGGGGAGUGAAGGGCGUCGGUUUUUUUUGUGUGUGUGUGUUUCGGGGGAAAUUUUCCAUUAUGAGUGUUUUACUAAAGUGAAUUUUUUUUUUUGUUUGCUUCGUCUUUGGCUUUUUUUUUUUUUUUUCCCUUCCCAAUUUCGGAUUUAUUUCAAGGCGAAUCAGGCUUUGGGGAAAGAGGAAGAAAAGUCGGAUUACAAGAUCAGCCACCACCAACAACAAUAAAAACCACCAAGAUAUUUUUUUGCAAAUUUCUGACGGCUUUAAAUUCAUGAAGCAAUUGUCCCCUUUUGCAAUCAGCAUUUGGAUCUCAGAAUGAGCAAGGAAAGACCCAAGAGGAAUAUCAUCCAGAAGAAAUACGAUGACAGUGAUGGGAUUCCAUGGUCAGAAGAAAGGGUGGUACGUAAAGUCCUUUAUUUGUCUCUGAAGGAGUUCAAGAACGCCCAGAAGAGGCAGCAUGGGGAAGGCAUUCCUGGGAGCCUGAAGGCCGUGAGCGGGCUCCUUGGUAAUGGCCAGUCUAAGGGAUUAGGACCAGCAUCAGAACAGUCAGAGAAUGAGAAGGACGAUGCAUCCCAAGUGUCCUCGACUAGCAACGAUGUUAGUUCUUCAGAUUUUGAAGAAGGGCCGUCGAGGAAAAGGCCCAGGCUGCAAGCACAAAGGAAGUUUGCUCAAUCCCAGCCGAAUAGUCCCAGCACAACUCCAGUCAAGAUAGUGGAGCCAUUGCUACCCCCUCCAGCUACUCAAAUUUCUGACCUCUCUAAAAGGAAGCCUAAGACAGAAGAUUUUCUUACCUUUCUCUGCCUUCGAGGUUCUCCUGCGCUGCCCAACAGCAUGGUGUAUUUUGGAAGCUCUCAGGAUGAGGAGGACGUUGAGGAGGAAGAUGAUGAGACAGAAGACGUCAAAGCAGCCACCAACAAUGCUUCAUCUUCAUGCCAGUCAACCCCCAGGAAAGGAAAAACCCACAAGCAUGUUCACAACGGACAUGUUUUCAAUGGUUCCAGCAGGUCGUCCCGGGAGAAGGACCCUGUUCAGAAACACAAAAGCAAAGAGGCCACUCCGGCGAAGGAGAAGCACAGCGAUGCACGGGCUGACGCCCGGAGGGAGCAGGCGUCCGCGAGCCACCCCCCCACCGCCCCCCCCGCGGGCUCCUCGGCCAAGGGGCUCACCGCUCACCACCACCCCCCCCCUCUGCAUCGGUCGGCUCAGGACUUACGGAAACAGGUUUCUAAGGUCAAUGGAGUCACCCGAAUGUCAUCUCUGGGUACAAGUGCAACCAGUGCCAAAAAGAUGCGCGAAGUCAGACCUUCACCGUCCAAAACUGUGAAGUACACUGCAACGGUGACGAAGGGGACUGUCACAUACACCAAAGCCAAGAGAGAACUGGUCAAGGAAACCAAACCCCAUCACCACAAGCCCAGUUCCGCUGUCAACCACACAAUCUCAGGGAAAACUGAAAGUAGCAAUGCAAAAACCCGCAAACAGGUGCUAUCCCUCGGGGGGGCGUCCAAGUCCACCGGGCCCGCCGUCAAUGGCCUCAAGGUCAGUGGCAGGUUGAACCCAAAGUCGUGCACUAAGGAGGUGGGGGGGCGGCAGCUGCGGGAGGGGCUCCGGAACUCCAAGCGGAGGCUGGAGGAAGCACCCCCAGCCGACAAACCGCAGUCGCCCCCCAAGAAGAUGAAGGGGGCCGCGGGUAGUGCCGCCGAGGGCCCCGGCAGGAAGGCGGCCCCGGGCCCCGCCGAGAAGGCGCCGCUCGGGGGCCCCGGGAAGAAGGAGGUGCCCGAGCGGAGCCUGGAGAGGAACCGGCCCAAGCGGGCCACGGCCGGCAAGGGCCCGCCGGGCAGACAAGCACACGGCAAGCCCGACGGCGGCGCCCCCUGUGAAAAUCGUUCUACCUCGCAAUCGGAGCCCCUGCCCCGGCCGCACGAGGGGGCGGCCAAGGCCGAGAAGGGGGCCAGCAGGGCCGGGUGGGCGGCCAUGGACGAGAUCCCCGUGCUGCGGCCGUCGGCCAAGGAGUUCCACGACCCACUCGUCUACAUCGAGUCGGUGCGCCCUCAGGUGGAGAAGUACGGCAUGUGCAGGGUGAUCCCGCCCCCGGACUGGCGGCCGGAGUGCAAGCUCAACGACGAGAUGCGCUUCGUCACGCAGAUCCAGCACAUCCACAAGCUGGGCCGGCGCUGGGGCCCCAACGUGCAGCGGCUGGCCUGCAUCAAGAAGCACCUCAGAUCUCAGGGCAUCACCAUGGACGAGCUCCCACUCAUAGGAGGCUGUGAGCUCGACCUGGCCUGCUUUUUCCGGCUGAUUAACGAGAUGGGCGGCAUGCAGCAGGUGACGGACCUCAAAAAGUGGAACAAACUCGCAGACAUGCUGCGCAUCCCCAGGACCGCCCAGGACCGGCUGGCCAAGCUCCAGGAGGCCUACUGCCAGUACCUGCUCUCCUAUGACUCCCUGUCCCCCGAGGAGCACCGGCGCCUGGAGAAGGAGGUGCUGAUGGAGAAGGAGAGCCUGGAGCGGCGCAAGGGGCCCCUGGAGGGCCACACGGAGCAGGACUACCACCGCUUCCACCCGCUGCCCCGCUUCGAGCCCAAGAACGGGCUCAUCAACGGCGUGGCCCACAGAAACGGCUUCCGCAGCAAGCUGAAGGAGGUGGGCCCCGCGCAGCUCAAGACGGGCCGGCGGCGACUCUUUGCUCAGGAAAAGGAGGUGGUGAAGGAGGAGGAGGAGGAGAAGGGCAUCCUCAGUGACUUCCACAAGUGUAUAUACAAGGGAAGGUCUGUUUCUUUAACGACUUUUUACCGAACAGCAAGAAAUAUCAUGAACAUGUGCUUCAGCAAGGAGCCCGCACCAGCUGAAAUCGAGCAAGAGUACUGGAGGCUCGUGGAGGAGAAGGACUGCCACGUGGCCGUGCACUGCGGCAAGGUGGACACCAACACCCACGGCAGCGGCUUCCCGGUGGGAAAGUCGGAACCAUUUUCAAGACACGGAUGGAACCUCACCGUCCUCCCCAAUAACACAGGCUCCAUCCUGCGUCACCUCGGUGCUGUGCCUGGAGUGACAAUUCCCUGGCUGAAUAUCGGCAUGGUCUUUUCUACCUCAUGCUGGUCUCGAGACCAAAACCACCUCCCUUACAUUGACUACUUACACACGGGUGCUGACUGCAUUUGGUAUUGCAUUCCUGCUGAGGAGGAGAACAAGCUGGAGGACGUGGUGCACACUCUGCUGCAAGCCAAUGGCACCCCUGGCCUGCAGAUGCUCGAGAGCAACGUCAUGAUCUCCCCGGAGGUGCUGUGCCGGGAGGGGAUCAAGGUGCACAGGACGCUGCAGCAGAGCGGCCAGUUCGUCGUCUGCUUCCCGGGGUCCUUCGUGUCCAAAGUCUGCUGCGGCUACAGCGUCUCCGAGACCGUGCACUUCGCCACCACCCAGUGGACGAGCAUGGGCUUCGAGACGGCCAAGGAGAUGAAGCGUCGCCAUAUAGCUAAGCCAUUCUCGAUGGAGAAGUUACUCUACCAGAUCGCACAAGCGGAAGCGAAAAAGGAGAACGGCCCCACGCUCAGUACGAUCUCAGCCCUCCUGGACGAGCUCAGGGAUACGGAGCUGCGGCAGCGGCGGCAGCUGUUUGAGGCCGGCCUCCACUCGUCCGCCCGCUACGGCAGCCACGACGGCAGCAGCGCCGCGCCCGAUGGCAAGAAGAAGCCCCGGAAGUGGCUGCAGCUGGAGACCUCGGAGCGGAGGUGCCAGGUGUGCCAGCACCUGUGCUACCUGUCCAUGGUCGUGCAGGAGAACGAGAACGUGGUCUUCUGCCUCGAGUGUGCCCUGCGCCACGUGGAGAAGCAGAAGUCCUGCCGCGGCCUGAAGCUCAUGUACCGCUACGACGAGGAACAGAUUAUCAGCCUGGUCAAUCAGAUCUGUGGCAAGGUAUCUGGUAAAAACGGCAGCAUUGAGAACUGUCUCAGUAAACCCACACCAAAAAGAGGGCCCCGCAAGAGAGCCACAGUGGACGUGCCGCCCUCGAGGCUCGCAUCCUCCUGAAGACGCCAGCGCCGUGGGCGAGGAUAGACGUUAUUUUGUAAUUAUUAUAUUCUAGUUUGGAGUACUUGCUGUAGGAUACAAGCUGUCUUUGCACUAGCUCUAAAGAAGAUUUUCUUCUGGUUUUAGAGAACUAAUUUUGUUUUAGCAUUAAACUGUUGAACUUUUUUUUGUACUUAGAAUACCUAGAUACUGCAGUCAGAUUUUUGAAACUGCCGUAUAUUCACUGUUUUAAAACCCUUGAGGGGCUGUAUUAAUUUGUAUCGCCCCUUGUGGCUGACAAAAGCCUUUUUGUUUGAUUUUUUUGUUUGUGUUUGUUUUUUUGUUGUUGUUUUUUUUUUUUUUUUGUAAUUGUUGGGGGAAAAAAGGCUUUUUAACCCAUUUUUGAAGAGGGUGAAGUUUGGAGAACAAAUUUUAAAACCAUCAGUCAUGUGAGCAGACUUUUUUCUAGAGAGAAAAAGGGAUAGAAGACACAUACACAUACAAAAAAAACUUGAAAGAAAUGGCUUUACUUGGGCCGUCUUUUCUUCUGUCAUGUGCAGGAUGAGUUUGUAAGUGUUAAAAACCGGAGAGUCCCCAUUUUGUUUCUUUGGGCGGUUAUGGCAGCUGAAGGCGGACGUUGUUUCCUAACCAUAGGCAAAAUGAGGAGGUCGGAGCCACUGGGUUCUCUUUACCAGCACUUCACUAUGCAUCUGUUUAAGGAGAAAGAGGAAGAGAAGAAAAAGACUGCCUGCCUUGGAGGGGUCACGUGAGGGAAACCUGUGCCUGAUUUCAUUAGGAAAUCCAUUCUGUUCUUUUUUGGUGCUGUUGGCUACUUUAUCAAAAAACCCUUCAAUAGCAUCCUUAAGGAAAAAAAAAAAAAGGAAAAAAAAGUGAUUGAAGCCGGAAGUGCUUCUUUGUCAUGGAUGUGCAAUCUUUCUAACAUUCCAUCUUCAUCUCACCUGUUUGUUGUUUUACACCUUCACAGGUCAGCAUUAAUUUUUCUUUUUAAAUUCGUUUCGUUGGUGAUCACAUCUAGAGCCACUUGGAGGUCUGCGGUUCUUUUUGAAUGUGAAAAUGCAUCUGCGCUCAUCUGGUCUAUUUUUUCUCUUCAUGUUGUAACAAAAAGAAAGAAAAAAAAAGAAAAAAAAACCGUCCCUUUUGUACAUACGCCUGUAAAUUGUUUCAAAUACUUGAGCCUUUUUCUGGGUGGGGGAGGGGAGGGCGCGAGGACAGAUGAAGAAAAGCCUUACACUUCCGUUUCUUCAUCGGGUGGACUGGAUGCUUACAGGGUUUUUCUUGUAACAUUUAUAAGUGCUGCUUACAUCACUGAACAACAACAAAAAAAUAAUAAUGGAGUAGCUGUUGCCCUUCUCCGGUUGUGUGUACAGUAUGUGUGGAAUAAAAAAGGGAAACUGUUUUCACAAGCCGUUCUUUGUUUCGUGAUUGGACCCACCCAUCCCGCAGCUGCCCGUCUUGCACUGAGCUGGCCGGUGGGGCUGUCAGCAGCGUCCUGUGGUACUCUGUCGGGUGUCGUUGCCGAAGACUGAACUGUGUGGCGUAUUUAACAGUGACAUGAGCAGAGUCAUGUUUUCCAGUGUGCUUGUCCGGUUUCUAUGGCCUUGCUGUGUACUGGCCCUCUUUUGGACAGUGAACUUCUGCCUACGGCUUACGGUCUGACGUUUUAAUUUAUUAGCGCUGCUCUGCACCCCUCCCUUGGGAGGGAAUACUUUUCAUGUUGUUUAUUGCCAGUUUUUUGUUUACUUUUCAGGUUUGUACUACAAGGUUUAAUAAUAAAACAAAGUUUUUUGGACA